AUGGCUUCUACAACAAGAACUCCAUUAGCGUAUUUGCUAGUCUUACUACUUUCAUUUAUUCAGCUUAUUGUUUCAGAGGAGACAGUUACGUUCACCAAAACCAACUAUAUCACACCAUCGUGUUUUGAACAGGGAAUUAAUACUGCUUUGGAAAACAACCCUCAAAGUUUAACAACUGGGAUUCCUAUUGUCUUCGUUUACGGAAACCGUGAUGAUGAUGAGCAACAAGGAGAUACUUCUCAGCAAGAUAAUGAUUUUCCACAAGGUAAUGGUGUUCAGGAAAGUAAUAGCCAAGGAAGUAACCCUACCCAAGUAGGAACUACCAAUUCUGAUAAUCAACAAACUCAGCAGAGUCAACGAGUAAUUGUUACUUCUUCUAAAAUAUCUUAUACUGUCAGCACUGAUUCUACUGAAACUGCAACUAUCACUACUUGUUCCAAUAACCUCUGUUCUAUUUCAGUUUCCACUAAUGUUGUCCCACAUACUUACUCCACUGAUGCGGUGGUUACUUAUACUACCACAGGCGCUGGGGUUGAAAAGUCAGAUGCUAAACUGUCUUCUGGUAAAGAACAAGCAAGAUCUACAAGAAGCACUGAAUAUGAUGUUCAAACCGAAACCGACGACUCUACUGCCGAAGCAAUAAUCAGUAAGGUAGCUAAAACUACAACUAGAACCAUAUUCGAAGCUACCGUAACACCUACUACGACAUACGAUGAAACUUCUUACGAAUCUAUUACCUCCACGAAAAAAAACCCAUUAGUCACUAAAUCUGCAGUCUCAAAGUCAUUGACUAAAACUAUCGAUACUUCCAAAUUCACAGACAUUACAAUUAGCGAUACUGAUUCAAAGUCUAACAACUCAAAGCAUUCGAAUAGUACGCAAACCAGCUUAUCAGCGUAUGAAUCUAAAAACAAUAAAAACUCAGUGCCAAUUACAUCUACAAUUAACUUGAGUGAAAAAUCCAAUCAAGCUCAAUCCGUGUCUGCAACAAAAUUUUCACAAUCUCCAUAUUACUCCUACUAUAAUACAUCAUCUACGGUUAGAUCAUCCAGUAUUGCCUCAAGUGCUAUUCCAAGUUCUUCGCAGGCCGCUACAAAUGGAUCCAACUCAUCUAUUUUUACAUCAACUUUAUCAAAUGGGUCAAGCACUGUGAUCUCUAGUGCUGUUUCAUCUGGUACCUUGACUUCAAGCCAAUCUGAUCUUUCGAGUUCGAGUUCUACAUCAUCAAGUGCUUCAUCAUCCGCUUCUGGUCUUCUUGGAUCAAAAGCGCCCGUUAAUGGCUACUCAGGUGACUUAUUUGACGCUAUAUCCACAGAGGGUCCACUUUCUGUUUUCUCGAAAAAGGAAUUGCCAUUAUCUAUCCCUAAAGGUGUCGACAAUGAUGGUGUUCCAUAUGAAACCAACAAAUUUUAUUCCAAUUUAUUCUUAGGAGAGCAAACUGAUAUGAUCUGGUCGUAUCCAUAUGGUAUGUUAUGGAAAACUCAAGACUAUUACGGUUUCGGAGUUCAACAUACGAAUGCUUCAGAUAGAGUCUUCGGAUCUGAUGAUACUAAUAACAAAGGAGUUGCAUCAUACUACUUUAAUCCAAUCGGUAAUGCUGAGUUGAUAUUUUCCUCUACAUCAUUCUCCAACUCUUCAAACCAUAUGUCUGUUUCAAACAUGAAAAGUAUGUCUGCAUUAGUUCAAUUAUCUGAAAGUUCGACAGUUGGAUCUGACUAUAUUGAUAUUCCUGUUGUACAAGGUAUGGGUUUAGUUACAGCAAUUUAUAACGGUGAUUUGGUUCCAAUGUUAAACUCAUUAAUGGGAGUUGAAGAAUUAACCGCAGAAACAUCGUCUGCUUUAGAUAAGAACAUGUCCAAGUAUCGUGCCACUUUAUUCAAUGGUGUUGAGUGGUUGAUCUAUGUAACAGUGCCAAGCGACUCAACAAAUUUCAACUUAUCUGCUGAAAGUCCUUACAAAAUCAAGGGUUCAACUGCCAUAGAUGGUCUUAUCAUACAAAUUGCUGUCGCUCCAGAUAGCUCUUCCGCUGAAGGUUAUUACGAUGAAGCUGCUGGUAUGUACGCUACCGAUGCAUCAGUUGAAGGUUCGGUCUCUGGAGGAGUAUCAGCUGAAUAUAAGUUUGCUUACACAACAAAGGGUUCCUCAAGUUCUGGAAAAACCAUAGUGUUCGCUUUACCACAUCAUGUUGAAUCAUUAACUAGUACAACUAAGGAGUGCUCAACUGGUAUCAAGUUAACCUCCACUUCUAAAGGUGACAUGUACGGAUACUUAACUAAUGAGUUAGUCAUGUCUGAAGCUUUAGAAACCGAUAUUCUGUUCUUACCUUGGGUUCAAAAUAUGGGUAGCGAUUUGUCUUAUACCAGCGAACAACUUACCUUAUUGGCUAAAUCGGCAAAUGAAGAAUUAGCUGUCGAUAUAAAAGAAACGGUUGCUUCCAUGAAUUCCAUGUACUAUUCAGGUAAAGUGCUUGAUAAGUACGCUUAUAUUUUAUUGGUUGUAAGCGAUAUACUUAAGGAUGAAGAUGUUACAAAUUCCACAUUAGAAGCCAUGAAGGAUGCAUUUGAACCAUUCAUCAAUAACAAGCAAUAUUACCCAUUGAUGUACGAUACCAAAUUUGGUGGUGUAACUUCUUCUGCUUCCCAAGAUGGUGAUUCGGGCGUCGAAUUUGGUGCUGCUUAUUACAAUGACCACCAUUUCCAUUACGGUUACUUCGUCCAUGCCGCCGCUGUCGUUGGUUAUGUUGAUAAGAAAUUAGGUGGUACUUGGGCUGAGGACAACAAGGAAUGGGUCAACUCUUUAAUUAGGGAUGUUGCAAACCCAACUGAAGAUGAUUCCUACUUCCCUGUAUCCAGAAUGUUUGAUUGGUUUGCCGGACAUUCUUGGGCCAGUGGUUUAUUUACUAGUGGUGACGGUAACAACGAAGAAUCCUCUUCCGAAGACUAUAACUUUGCCUACGGUAUGAAGUUGUGGGGUAAAGUUUCCGGAGACAAUUCAAUGGAAUCAAGAGGUGACUUGAUGUUAGCCAUUAUGAGCAGAGCUAUGAACAAAUAUUUCUAUUACAAGAAUGACAACGAUGUGGAGCCAUCUGAAAUUAUUGCCAACAAGGUCUCAGGUAUUUUGUUCGAUAAUAAAGUGGCCUAUACCACUUAUUUCGGUACACCAGCUGAUCAUCCAGAAUACGUUCACGGUAUCCACAUGUUGCCUAUCACGCCAGCUUCAUCUUUAAUAAGAACUCCUUCCUACGUCAAAGAAGAAUGGGAUGACCAAAUUUCUACAUUCAUCGACGACGUUGAUAGCGGCUGGACUGGUAUUUUGCGUCUUAACGAAGCCUUGUAUGAUGCUUCUUCUUCUUAUAAAUUCUUCUCUUCUGACAAUUGGUCCUCUACAUACUUAGACAAUGGUCAAAGUAGAACUUGGGGAUUAGCAUUUUCUGGUGGUAUUUCCAACGCCACAUAA